AUGGAAUGGAUGAAAAUGGCAGUUGAGGAGGCCUGUAAAGGGGUCGGCUGUGGAGAUGGCGGUCCUUUCGGCGCCGUCGUCGUCAAGGACGGCAAAGUCGUCGCCACUGGCCAUAAUAUGGUAAUUUUUCGGAGAUUUUUGAGCUUUCUGGAUAGUUUAAUAACUGUUGAACCAGCUCAUGAUAUCAGAGAAUGAGAUUAUCAUUGAAAAAGUGACCAAUUAAUUAAUUUUUUUGACUCAGGACUAAUUUUUUUCAAGCCCCCCCAUCCCUCCAUGAACCUCCAUUGGAACUUUGCUGAAGUGUACUUGAGGACCUUCUCAAUUAAGAAAAAAGAAAAAAAUUGUCGUAAUAGAGUUGAUUUUCGACUUGAGACGCACCAAAAGCUUCAAAUAUCGCUUUUUUGUCGUAUCUUGCGUAUUUUUCAAACUUUAAAUCCUCAUUAAUCGAAAAAAGAUCAAUAAGGGGUGGCUUCCAACCGUUCGCAGAGGAUUUGGAAAUAUUUUUCUUGUUCUGGAAUCAGGAGGCCCUAAAAAAAACCUCAGAAAAGUUUUUUUUUUUUUCAUUGUUUCAUGAGGCUAAAUUCCUAUUGACUAAAGACUUCCAUGAAAAAAUAAAUAUCUUUUUUUCAAAUUCUAGGUUCUGAUAACCAACGACCCGACGGCUCACGCCGAAGUAACCGCGAUUCGAAACGCGUGCAAGGUUUUGGGCAAGUUCGAACUCGUCGGAUGUCAGCUCUACACUUCGUGUUACCCUUGUCCGAUGUGCAUGGGAGCCAGUUUGUGGGCAAGACUCGACGCGAUUUAUUACGCCGCCACGGCUCAACAGGUUCACAUAUUCCAUUUUUCUCGUUUCGAAUCUUCUGAAUGCUUUAUUUCAAAUUGACUGCCAAGCGGCUGCGAACGGUUAGAAGCCAUCCCUUAUUUUUACGCGCCCGACACGCUCCGGUUUGCGCGAGCUGAUGUAUAGUCACUCCUUCUCGACUUGAAAUUGAGAUUCUCGGCGUUUUUUUGACUACGCUUUGCCCACUUCCGUAAAGUGUAGUGUGUUGUGUGCAUGCACUGCGGCGCUCUCGCACAUGCCGUGUUCAAAGUUAAUUCUCGCGAAAUUCACUUAUAUUUUUCACUUCCUGGCUGCUAUUUUGGAUUUCUAUAGUCUGUUCAGAUUUCAAAUGUCAAGUACUCGCUCAAGCUCCGCCCCUAAUGGCACGAUGAACCAAUCAGAGAGCGAGCCAUCCACAGAGCGUUUUCGAAUGACGUCAUUCUACUUGACAUGAAAAGUCUGAACUGACUAUAGGGUUUUUUCUGCUUUUUUUUUUCGUCCCAAAACAAUCUUUCAAUUUCCAAAUUCUCUUCUGAAAGCUGAAAAUCACGAUUUCAGGCCGCUGAAGUUGGCUUUGACGACGCCGCGUUCCAUCAAUUUUUAAAGGACCCCAAGUCGGACAAUUUGAGGUUUUUUACCGCUCAAAACUCGGAAACUUCCGUUUUUCAGGAAACUCGAGCACUUACCUGUUGAUAACUACUUGGAACCUUUCCAACAAUGGGAUAAAAAAGCCGACAAAAUUCCAUAUUAA